AUGAUUUAUCUCUACGGCGCCCGUAACUUCAGCACCCUCGUCGGCCUCGCGAGUCCGGACCCCCUGAGCAAUAUGUACGACGCCACCUACUUCCGCGCCACCUGGGUCCUCACAGCCCUCGAUGCUGGCUUCUGGACUGCUAUGAAGAUUAGCAACAAGACCCUGCGCGACCUCGCGAGCAUCGCCUUCUCCGUGUUCUACCUGAUUGCCGCAGAGCAGGCCGAUGAGAAGGUGCGCAAGGUACGCGGCAAUAUCACGGUCGAGCAUAUGCGCGUCAGCUGGAACAAGGGCAGCCAGUCGCCUUACCUACGUUUCCUACAAAAGCUCGUCAGCCCGCGUUUCACCAAGUGGCCGCCACGCGAGCUUCGUAUCCCGCGUCCCGCCGCGAGCGACUACACGGAACCCGUCUCGGCAUGGCUUUACUUUGACGGGCCCUUGUCCAAGAUGCAGCAACACGACUGCAUCAUCUUGGAUAUUCCUGGGGGCGGCUUCGUGGCUAUGGAUCCCAGGUGCAAUGACGACAAACUAUUUGCGUGGGCUGGGAAGACGGGAUUGCCAGUACUGAGUUUGAACUACAAGAAGGCGCCCGAUUAUCCGUACCCGUAUGCGCUUAACGAGUGUUACGAUGUCUACACUACCAUCAUUAAGACCCGUGGUCAGUGUAUUGGCCUGUCCGGGAAGAAGAUCCCCAAGAUUGUUAUCACGGGCGAUAGCGCGGGCGGGACGUUGGCCACCUCAACGACGCUGAUGAUCAUUGAGAGCGGCUCGUCGCCCGUCCGUCGCUUCCAGGGACAGACGGACCUCCCUGUACCAGACGGACUGAUCCUGUUCUACCCAGCGCUCGACAUGAACAUCGGUAGUUGGAUGUCAGACGAGCAGAUGGCACUGAUCAAGGAUCGCCGCAUGCGCGGGACCAACAAGCGCAUCGUCCAGCGCAAAAGAUCGCAGUACAACGACCUGGUCGGUACCCCCCACGCGUCUGAUGAUGAAGACGACACCACGCCGUCGGCCCGCCGGCCCCCCCUUUCCCCCGCCGCAAUCACCACCAGCCCACCCACCACCGGUGCAAGCCCCAAACCCGCAUCCGAUACCACAGCAGCCCAACCGGGCGCUUCUCACCGCCCGGAGCCCAUGCGCACCCGCCUCGCCACAUCCUCUAUGAUCUCAUACUUCAACGACCGCGUGCUCACUCCCGAGAUGAUGCGCGCCAUGAUCAUCCUUUACGUCGGCCCGCACAACCGGCCCGACUUUUCCCAAGACUACCUGUUGUCGCCUAUCCUCGCCCCAGAUGUCCUCCUUUCUCGCUUCCCCAAGACCUACUUCCUCACCGGCGAGCGUGACCCGCUGGUGGACGACACCAUCAUCUUUGCGGGCCGCCUGCGCAGAGUCAAGGCCGCGAUGCUCGCCAGCGGCGGGCAGCGUCUGGAGUACCAGGACAGCGAUGCCUUGACGGAAGGGUUCGACGAGAAGGCCGUCGCUGAGGUCGCGCUGAUUCCGGGCAUCAGCCACGGGUUCCUUCAGUUCCCGAGCGUGUACCCCCCCGCGUGGAAGCUGAUAAACCAGUCGGGGGGGUGGGCGGAGGAGUUGUUUGCUGAUGCGGAGAGGAAGGAGGGAAGAUCCAUGUGGGAGGUGCGCGGGCGGCAGAUGAAGAGGCCGUUUGAGGGCGAGGGCGUGAAUGGGAGUGCGGAGGGUGAGAGGAAGGGGGGUGAUGGGAGGCAUCAUUCCCGGCGCGAGUCGAGCGGAGAUGAGGACCAGCCGUUGGAGAUGAUGAGCACGACGAGGCUGAGGGCGAAGAGCAUCAAAGAGGCGGCGGCGGCGGCUACUGGAAGUGGAAAUGGGGAAGUAAAGGGGGAGGGAGAAAAGAAGGCUGGUGUGGCAAAUGGUGGCGCCCGGGAGUCGAAUGGGCUACUGAAUGGCCACCGCCAGUCCCCUGCUGGCAGCGAGGAUAGAAACGCCGACGCGAGCCCGUAUGAAGAUCCCCGGCUCGGGCCGGGCAAAAAGAAGCCUGCGAGACGCGCGAGGACAAAAGCGGACGAGGAUAGGAGCCUGGUUAAACUGGCGAGCACGGAGGAUUUGCUUGGGAGGAGAAUGCAUGGGUUGGCUGGGGGUUUGACGGGACUGCAGGAUGAUCUAGAGUGA